AUGUCGUUUCCCUACAAGAAAGUCCUCAUCAUCGGUGCCACCUCGGGCAUCGGCAAGGCCCUCGCCGUGAAGCUGGUCGAGAACGGCACUCAGAUCGUCAUCGCCGGCAGAAGAAAGGAGAACCUGGACGAGUUCGUCCAGCAAUAUGGCAGUGACAAGGUCGCAUCGAAGGUCUUUGACGUGAUGCAGCUGGACCAGAUCCCCCAAUUCGCCACCGAGAUCACAACCGCCCACCCCGACCUGGACUGCAUCUUCGUCAACUCUGGCAUCCAGCGCCCCUUCGACUUCUCCAAACCCAACUCCGUCGACCUCACCACCUUCGACACCGAGCUCAUCACCAACUACACUGCCCCCGUCUACCUCACCAAAGCCUUCCUCCCCCACCUGCAAUCCCUCCCCACCCAGACCGCCCUCGCUUACACCACCUCCCAAAUGGCCCUCGUGCCCAUGAUGCGCUGCCCCAACUACGGCGCCUCCAAGGCCGCCCUGCACCACUUCAUCCUUGCCCUGCGGACGCAGGUCGCUGAGGGACCCGGUAACGUCAAGGUGCUCGAGAUCUACCCGCCCGCGGUGCAGACCGAGCUGCACGAUGCGAAGCACCAGCCUGAUUUGAAGGAUGGACACUUGAUUGGUAUGCCGUUGGAUGAGUUUAUCGGUGAGGUUUGGAGCAGACUGCAGAAGGGUGAGGAUCAGAUUGCUGUGGGAUCGGCGAAUGAUAUCUAUCAGGCAUUCGAGACGAAGAGGCAGAGCUUGUAUGCGGAUAUGACGGCGAUGUUGAAUGCGGUGUUGAAGCAGUUUUUGGUGUAA